GAGGCUCUGUUGCAUAUUAAUGGCGAAAAAAACGACAAAAGGAGACAAACUCAGCCUUGGACGUGAAGGCCUCUGCCUCUCCCUCCGUACGUACACUCACCAACACAACAUUCUCUCUCCCCCACAAAACCAUUUCCUGUUAUAUAUCACCAACCAAAACCUCUCUCUCCGUAUUGUUUCCUUGGCUUUACUCUCUUUUUUCUCUCUCCUCUUCUUCUUCUUCUUCUUCGUUUCUACACACUUUUACUCUGUUUUUGAUCUGAUGUUUGGAGAAAGAUUCAUGGGUUUUGGUGGGUUUCAAGGAGAUUUUAACUUGGGACGAGCUCUUCCUCUUCCUCCUCCCGAUUUUGGUUCUGAUGGGUUUCUUACAAAGAGUCUAGACUCAAACCCGUUUCUGAAGAAUCAGUGUUACAACAACAAAACUGGUGAGGCUCUGGAUUUGUGUAGAAAGCUUAACAAAAUGGGUAUCUCUUGUGACAUGAGCAUUUGGACCAAACCUGAAGAAGAACCUUUCCGGGUCGACCCGGGUGAUUUUGGGUCUAGAGCUAGGACUCUUCAUGGGUCUUCUGUUCAGGAUCUGACUGGAGGAGCUGCUUCUCAGAUUCAUCAUGAUGGGUUUCGAAACUUUUCCUCUGUUCGUCUGCAAAACAACAACUUUCAUGGAGCUUCUUCUCCGGAAGAGCUUAGAUUGCUUGGCUUUCAAGGUUCCUUUAAUUCAAAUGAGUAUGAAGAGACGAUGGCUUCUAAGACUCACAGAGAUUUCCUCUUCGACCAUAUCCAUCAACCCAUAAAGCGUUCUCCUUGUCUCAGAGCCAACAACGGUGCUUUCAAGGGUUCGUUGAUGUUUGAGGGAUUUAGGGUUUCUCAAACCCUAGCCGCCAUGGAAGGUUCUGGAGCUUAUUAUCCAGAAGAUAGUUCUCUGAUGAGGAGGUAUCCAGAGGAUUGUGGUUUGGCUCUGAGUUUAGCCGCCAUGAAAGCUUCUGGAGAGCUUGGAGGUUCGUAUCCAGAGGAUACUCUGAUCGGUCAAGGCUCUUAUGAUAGGAUGAGUCCAAAGAGCAGUAUUGAUUUGCCUUUACCUCUGAGUCUCGUCUCCAUGGUUGAUAUAUACGGAUCUGUGAUCUUAAUGGCCAAAGAUCAGACUGGUUGUCGAGUUCUGCAGAAAUUAGUUGAUGAAGGAACGUUUCUUGAGACUAAUGUUAUAUUCCUUGAGAUUAUUGACCAUGUCGUUGAACUCUCCAUGGAUCCUUUUGGGAACUACAUUGUCCAGAAGCUUAUAGAUGCCUGUGAUGAGGAACAGAGAACGUUGAUUGUGAGUGUGCUGACAUCAAAACCAAGGGAACUUAUCAAAAUCUGCCUCAACACUUAUGGGACAAGAGUUGUACAGAAGAUGAUUGAAACAGUGAGAACAAAACAUCAGAUGGCAUUGGUCAAGUCAGGUAUCAAACCAGGCAUUCUCGCUCUUGUUAAAGAUUUGAAUGGCAACCAUGUGAUUCAAAGCUGCCUUCAGUCCCUUGGCCCUAAUGACAACAAGUUUGUGUUAGAAGCUGCUACAAAGCACUGUGCUGAGAUUGCACUUCAUCGCCACGGAUGCUGUGUUAUUCAAUGCUGCGUUGCAAACUCUGUUGGACCGCAACAUGAGAGACUCGUUGCUGAGAUAUCAAGAAACGCACUUCGCCUUUCACAGGAUCCUUUUGGGAACUAUGUGGUGCAGUACUUAAUCGAGCAAAAAGUGUCUGCAGUGAAGUUGCUAGUUCAGUUUAGAAAUCACUACGCCGAGCUAGCGACUCAGAAGUUUAGUAGCCAUGUGAUUGAGAAGUGUCUAAGGGAGUAUCCAGAGAGUCGAUCUGAGAUUGUCCGCGAGCUCCUCUCUAGUCCGGACUUUGAAUAUCUUCUGCAGGAUCCUUAUGCGAACUAUGUGAUCCAAACCGCACUCGCUGUAACCAAAGGAGCUGUUCGUGCUAAACUGUUGGAGAAGGUUUACAGGUUCGGGAAACUACGGUCGAGCCCUUACUGCAAGAAGAUUUUCUCCAAGACUAUCUUGAAGAAGUGACCUUAAUUAGUAACUAAAAGCUGUUGUUGUCCUUAUUUUGAGUUUCAAGAUCAUAUAGGGUUAUAGAGAAAACACUGCCCUGCCCUUAAUGUCUUUGUUGUUGGUCUCCCUUUUUGUAGUGACAACAACUUUUGUCAAACCAGAACUACUUGUUAGUCUGUGUUUUAGGCCAUUUAAUCUUUAAUCUUUACUUAUAUAUAUAUAACUUAAAGAGACCACACUGGUUCUCUCUGUCUCUCUUUUGCAUUAUUUGGGAACUCAAAAACACAACAGAAACAACAACCAAGGUUUUGGAAGAACAGAAUCAAAA